UUCUUUCUCUUCUUCCUCAAUCGUACCAUUCCGCGAUUCUUCCUCUGCAACUUGGAGCUCGUCUCUCCACUUUGCUUCUCCUCACGUUGUACUCUGUCGGUCAGCGAGGUGCUUCUUCGGACACAGACAGCAAUGGCUGACAACACACGGAACCCUUCUCGAGCCUAGCCACGGAACUGUUCCUCGGACGUCAAAGCUUCGUUUUUCACGUGCGGGGCUGCCCCUUCGCAUCUUCCCCGGCUUUUCCCCCAAAAGAAAUUCUUCCACUUUCCAUCUGCAUCUUUCCACUAUCUCGCUUUCAUCCCUUCUCUCCCCACCAUUGGAACCUUUGCUCCAUGCUCGCUGGUUCGCUUACGGACCAAGCCUUUUGCCUCGGAGCUCCGGCCGCGCCGCCCUGCCAGGAAAAAUGAAGCGCCUCCCCGCCGCGCUUCCCCUGUUCUUGGCCCUCUGCCUGGUCGGGCCCCGCCGCGCCCGCUGCGAGAAGCCUGCGGUGGUCCGGGUCGGCGCCAUCUUCACCCACGACUCGGUCAUUGGGAGGGUCGCGAAGGCCGCGAUGGAGGCCGCGGCCGCCGACGUGAACGCCGAUCGGUCGAUCCUGAACGGGACGGAGCUGAAGCUGGCCAAGGAAGACGCCAAUUGCAGCGUCUUCAUGGGGACCGUUGAGGCCUUUAAAGUGAUUGGCGAAGAGGUGGUGGCCAUUAUCGGGCCACAGUCCUCAGCGAUAGCUCAUAUGAUUGCCGAGAUUGCGGAUAAUCUCCAAGUUCCUCUCGUCUCUUAUUCAGCCACUGAUCCUUCACUGUCUGCUCAGCAAUUCUCAUAUUUCGUCCGCACUGCACAGAGUGACUCCUACCAAAUGGCUGCAAUGGCUGAUUUGAUUGAUAAUUAUGGAUGGAAAGAUGUCAUCGCCAUCUAUAUUGAUGAUGAAUUUGGGAGAAAUGGGAUAUAUGCUUUGGGUGAUGAACUCGAGAAAAAAAUGAUGAAGAUUUCAUAUAGGUUGCCUUUGCCUGUCCAGUAUGAUUCAAGACACAUCACAGAUACGCUCAAUAAAUCUAAAAGAUUUGGUCCUCGUGUUUAUGUUGUUCAUGCAAAUCUUGAUCCUGCUUUCAGAAUUUUUACCAUAGCACAAGAACUGCAGAUGAUGGGAAGUGAUUACGUGUGGCUGGCCACGGAUUGGGUCUCUGCUACCUUAGAUUCAUUGUCUCCCAAAAACCAUACAUAUAUUGAGAUUCUGAAAGGGGUAGUUGCGUUGCGCCCCCAUACUCCAGAUUCUGUCCGGAAGAGCACAUUUAUUGCCCGAUGGAGAGACAUGCAGACGAACAGGUUAACUGAGUCUGGACUAAAUACUUAUGGCCUUUGUGCGUAUGAUACAGUAUGGGCAGUUGCGUAUGCAAUCGACAGGUACAUAAAGGAGAAUGGAAAUUUUACAUUCACAUUCAGCAACGCCCUUUAUGAUGAGAAAACAAAGGAAAAGCAGCUUGGAAAGCUCAAGGUCUUUGAUGGAGGAUCUCUACUUCUGAAGAAAUUGUUGCAGCUAAAUUUCACUGGUUUGACAGGUCAAAUUUACUUCAGUCCAGACAGGAAUGUUCCGAGCAGUGGUUAUGAUGUCAUCAACAUAGAUCAGAGAGGGAUUCAUUUGGUUGGAUUUUGGUCUAAUAAAACAGGUCUCUCAGUUGUACCACCCGAAAAUAUUGAAGGGGGUCAUAGAAGUUAUACCCAUGAAGACCAGAAGCUCCGUAAUGUGACUUGGCCUGGGGGAAAAACAGAAAAACCACGUGGCUGGGUGGUGGCAGACAGCGGGAACCCUCUAAGAAUUGGAGUUCCAAACAGAUUUAGCUUCACUGAAUUUGUCAUGGAGAACCACAGUAGUCAUGAAUUCCAAGGAUAUUGUGUUGAUGUGUUCAAUGAAGCAAGGAAUUUGGUGCCAUAUGAAGUUCCAUACAGAUUCGAGGCUUAUGGAGACGGACAUUCAAAUCCCAAUUAUGACAGUUUUAUCAAAACGGUAGCAAAUAAUGUGUUUGAUGCUGCUGUUGGAGACAUUGCGAUUGUGACAAACCGGACAAAACUUGUAGAUUUUUCUCAGCCAUUUGCUUCAAGUGGUCUUGUCAUAGUGGCUCCAAUCAAGGAUUCUAAGUCAAGUGCUUGGGUAUUUCUCGAACCUUUUUCAGCUGAGCUGUGGGUUGUUACAGCAGCUUCUUUCGUGAUAAUUGCUGUAGUCAUUUGGAUUCUUGAGCAUCGAGUGAACAAGCAUUUUAGGGGUUCUCCAAAGAGGCAAAUUGCGACAAUGUUCCUGUUUAGCUUUUCAACUGUGUUUAAGAAGAACCAAGAAGAUACUGUAAGCCCACUGGGGCGUAUGGUAAUGGUAGUGUGGCUUUUCUUAUUGUUGGUGAUCACAUCAAGCUACACAGCGAGCCUUUCUUCAAUUCUUACAGUUCGACAGCUCUCAUCACCCAUCACAGGAAUUGAUAGCUUGAUUGUAAGUAAUUGGCCUAUUGGCUAUCAAGUGGGAUCCUUUGCUCAAAGCUAUUUACUGGAGAGUCUUUACAUCUCCCCAUCAAGAUUAAUUCCCUUAGGCUCACCUGAAGAGUAUGAAAAAGCACUUCGGCUGGGGCCAAGCAAUGGUGGGGUGGCUGCUAUUGUUGAUGAACAGCCAUACGUGGAAUUAUUUCUAUCAAAGCAUACCCAAUUUGGGAUUAUUGGGCAAGAAUUUACCAGUGGUGGCUGGGGAUUUGCCUUUCAGAGAGGUUCUCCACUGGCUGUUGACAUAUCAACCGCAAUAUUGAAACUGUCCGAGAGUGGGAAGCUCCAAGAGAUUCACGAGAAGUGGUUUUGCAAAAUGGGUUGUCCCAGUGGAAGGCAGGACUCAAAAGCUGAACAGCUCCACUUAAUCAGCUUCUGGGGCCUCUAUCUUCUAUGUGGUGUCAUUUCUGUCACAGCCCUUCUGGUGUUUCUGAUCCGGAUGAUUUACUUGUUUGUCCAGUUCAAGAAGCAGCAAAUGGUUACGAGCACUUUGCGCUCAGCAUCCUCAAAUUGGCAAUGUUCUGAUACACUUUUCAAAUUUCUCGACUUUGUUGACGAGAAGGAAGAAUCUACUAAGAAAAGCAUGCCUCAAAAUGAGAAUGCUCAACAACAGCUCCCCUCAUCAACAUGCGAUGACAUGUCGUGAAAUCGGACGGAUUUUCACUAAGUUGGUUUUGUUAGGUAAAGCUUUUUGCACUACCUAGUUUCCUGUCAGGUAUCGUUUAUUCCCUCUCAAUGUUCAGCGAAGCAUGUAAAUAUAUAAACCUCUUCCUUCUGUCGGGCCCUCAUAUAAGAAGGCAGUCUGAUCAGAAUUCUCUGGCUAGAUAGCCUCUGGAUUCUAUCAUUGCGUUGGUUCUUAAGUGCAGAUUUUGUGUGUUUGGUAUUUGAGUAACUGUAAUUACAUCGACUCGGUUUCGGUCCAAGAGUCUUAUUAUCCUUGACCUCCA